AUGUUGGUCCGUGACAGACUGGACCAAGUGAGCCAGCGGUUCAUCGCACUAAAGCAGGGCGACAUCGCUCUUAGUGCCUGUGGGCAGGCAUGGUUCCCUGAGUGCAAGGGCCUGCUCGCAGAUUUUCUCCUGAAAGACUGGCCCUUCACUGUGGGUAGGUCCGGCUCCGGACAGCACAACGCCAAGAGCUUGGAGGACUUCGACGCGCGCUUUCCAGGCUACGGUGGCUUCCUCCCUUGGUUUUGCUCUCGUGGCGUCAACGAGGCCGGCCACUGCAAGAGUCCCACGGACCCUGGCGACAGCAAGAUAAUGCCGCUUCUGGGCUGGGAGACGAGCCUGCCCGGCUUGGACAACGGUCAGCUCGCAUUCGGCGCCGCAGCGGUGGUGCAUGUUCUCGAACGGCGGGCUGCGCAGCAGGGUGCAUCCAGCCGUUUUGCCCAGAUGGCCCAGCGCUGGAACGCCCGGCUUUUGAGGAUGAAGGCCUCGGUCGUCAACUUGUUUUACGACGGGUCUGGCCUGGUGCGCAUGAUAGCCGAGCUGAAGAACAUGACCAUCGAUGUUGCAAAGAAUGCCUCCAAUGCCCGCAACUUGAACAACAUGGUGCUUUGGGAUCCUUUUGAGGGGGAGAUGAUUGUUCUCUUCAUGGAUCUCUUUGGCAACUGGAGCAAAUUCGAAAACAAUGGCGAGGAGGAGAAGCAGCGCAUGUGGAAGAUCAAAGCGGAGCACGUCGAGCCCGUUGUCUAUACUGCUGCCGACAGCACGAAGAUGGUUGUGCAAAAGGGUUUCUGGUUUUCAGCACAUGAACAGUGGAAGACGCUACAGCUUCCCUACAUGGACAUUCCCUUGGUCAAGCACCUGUUUGCAAACGGAGAGUUUGCACGCUUGGAGAAUUCAGUGCAACUACAGCUGCCCGGCUUGAUGGCUUCGGUCAACGCGCCCAACGGUGUGCAGUGCGACGCGCAUCCUUACUGCAGCGCCCUGGGCAUUCAGGCACUGGCAGAGCAGCCAAUUUUCACUGAGACAGUUCUCACACCGUAUGCAGCGUUCCCUUCAAUUCUGGUCGACUCGGCUGCUGGACUCGCGUGGUACAACCACAUGCUUGCCAUGCCUCGGGUUCAAACCCCCGUUGGCAGCAUCGAGUCUUUCACAAACACCGGCAAGGCCGUCGCGCCAAUGGCGACUUGGGAUGCGAAAGCCACCACGGUCGUGGCAAUGCUUGGCGGGACCGGACACAUCCUGCGUGCAUACAUGGAGGAGCACCGACUCUAUGGCGUGUUCGAAGAUCGCGUGAAGUCCAUGUAUGGCCCCAUCUUCGAGCCGGUCAUUGCGUCCGUGUUGCCGAGUAAGGUAUCCGUCGAUGCGCAAAUCGCGCGGCUUCCAAAGCUGCCCCUGCCAUCGCCUCACUCUCAACGGGCAAAGGACGCCUUGCCGGAAGACUUUCCGAGCUGCCGCUGCCUCGAGGACGUGAAAACUCCAGGCUUCCUACAGCCGAAGAACCCUUGA